AUGGAGGACGAGGCUGGCGCGGCCGAGGAGGACAAGGAGAUCGCCGGAUGGGUAGAGUCUGCUGGGGAGGCCAGAAGUGCCGGCAUCGGGGCUCCUCUUGUUGAAGAUGUGGUCGAAGAGUCGACCGACGGGGAGGCCAAGGCCGACGACCCUCCGGCCCCAGGGAGGAGACGCGGCAUGUGCCGGGCUGGCUCCGGCAAACCAGUUCGGCCUGGCAGGGCCGUGUCGCGGCAACAGGUUCAGGAGCAGUCCGUGCGCCAGACGAGGGUCGCGGCAGCGAAGAAGGCGGUGAAGGCCACAGUGGCGAAGAAGAAAGCGGCUGCCUCUUCUUCGUCCAAGCGUCGCCGGACUCCAUCCCCUUCUUCUCCUCCCGCGGAUGUCGACAUGGAGGUCGUCUUCAAUUUUGGGUCUCUCGGCCCAAGGAGGAAGAGGAAGCCAGGACAUGGAGAUGCUGGCGCAGAGGGUGGCGAAGAGGGCCAAGGCCUCGACGGGCGACAAGCCCCCGGCGGGUACUUCGAGUACGCCGCUGGUGGUAGAGAGCAGCCAGGAGAGCAGCCCUCGACGCAGCCCCCGCUUCAGCCCCCAGCGUUUGCAGGAGAAGAAAGGCAGCAGGAGGAGCCGCCGAGGGCUACCCCCAACAUGCCGCCCCCCUCGACUACACCGCCCCGAGGGGCGUCCCCGGCAAGGGCAUCGACCACCGAGCCCACGCCCAUGGAGGAGGAGGAGGAGAUGAACUUGGGUGCUGGUGGUUCCUCCCCGGCAUUGAACGUUGGCGGAGAGGGCGCCACUUCUUCCCAACCCAGUGCAGGCCCUUCCUCGACGGACCGGGAGGACAUCGACACCAUCAUCGAGGAAGUUUCCAGGGACGCUGAGGCCGCAGUCCUCAGCAAGGCUGAGCAACUCUCCAAGGCCAACGACUCCAUCAAAGACCUGAAGCUGAAACUGGAGGGUCUGGAGGUGACGCUUUCGGAGGUCAGGGCCCGGGAGGAGACCCUGACCAAGGGCCUCGAGGAGGAGAGGCAGCUGCGGAGGAAUAUCGCUGCCAACCACGAGGAUUACGUGAAGGGCGAAAACCUCUAG